AUGGACUUGAACCGGGGUGCAUGGGCGUGCUGCGGGCUCGACUGCUGGGUGGUGCGCAUCAAAUAUGUCAAGAUACUUCUCGAGCUUGUCAAUGGGGUAUUUGAGGCUAGAUUGAAGGCUGGAGAAGGAAGGCACCUCAAGAUCCUCGUGAAGAGGAUUUCCAAGCUCGACAAGGGGCCCGUGUUGCUUAGGGGCGGUAACUGGGCGGCGGAGCCCGAUCCCGGGGAGGUCGACGUCAUAAUCACUAAACCGGGCGGGCACGCGGCGAAUCCGGCAUGGGCGCUGCUGUGCCGCAGCGGGCCCAGUGGGCGGGAACGCCGGGAGCUGCCCCGCGGGGCGCUCGUUGUUAAGCGGAAAUAUCGAGCUAUCAAACCCUCCCGACCGUUCAAACUCAGCACUAUAUCCUCGGUGCAAAUGCUUGAGAUCCCGGUGGAGGCUGAAGAUAGCUUUGAUCUCUGUCAGGACUGCCCAAUCCUCGGAAGAAAGUACGGCUUCGUCACUGAGGUCCCCUAA